AUGGCUGUACCAACGGUUGGGAUCUACCUUCCAGUGUACGACAUCCUCAAGAUCGAGCUCGCAGCGAUGUCGAUCAACGGCCGGGAUCGCGCCGUGCCGGAGGCGUACGUGCCAUUGAUCGCAGGGUCGGUGGCUCGUGCGCUGGCGUGUGUCAGCUGCGCGCCUUUGGAGCUUGCAAGAACGCGCAUGCAGGCACACAGACCAGUGGGGGCCGGAGUAGGGACAGCAGUGGGGGCAGUGGGGACGGUAGGGCCAGUAGCAGCAGCAGCAACAGCUGGGGCAGGAGCAGCAGGAGGGUUGGGUGGGGCAGGGGUAGUGGGUGGGGCGAGGCCAGGCACGCUAGCGACGCUGCGGACGAUUCUGCAGCCGCAUUCGGGCACUCAAGGCUUGCGCGCCCUGUGGACAGGUGUCGACGCGCAAUUCGCCCGUGACGUGCCGUUCUCAGCCAUCUGCUGGGGUCUAUUGGAGCCCACCCGACGGUACCUGCUCAGUAGAUCUGCUGACCGGUGGGAGCAGAAACAGCGGGAUAGGCAGCAGUGGAAUCAGGCUGGUUCUGGUACUGCCGGUGCUGGCGGUGAGGUGUUUUCGCCGUCGCUUGCCGAGGCUGCGGAUGAGGCUCGGCAGCUGCCGCUGCUGCAGGUGGUGGGGGCGAAUUUCGCAGCGGGGAUGGUUGCGGGGAGUGUGGCAGCAGCAGCGACGCAUCCUCUGGAUGUGGCCAAGACUAGAAGGCAGAUCCAGGUGUCGGGUUCUCAGCUGAGCACUGUUCAGACACUGCAGCAUCUGUGGAGACAGGCAUUCGUUGCCUCCAGUUGCCCCUUGUCACUACUCUUUGAUACGCUUACUCGUUACCGCAAUCAGCUCGUUUAUUUACUCGUAGUCCUCCUCCCUACUCGGUUCCGCCAAAACCCCGCGUUUUCGCCUUCAAUCAUGGCAACCCGAGCGUCGUGCGUCGUUGUUCUGCUGCUGGUGGCAGUCCUGGGCUUCUCUCUCCCAGCCUCGGCGGCUGUGAAACCGUACUGCCGCUUCUCAGGGAAGCUGGUGGUGAACAACCUCAUGACUGAACUCAUCAAGGCUGGGAAUUAUUCCACAUUGGUCUCCGCGCUCAAAAAGACAGGUCUUUCCAAGGAUCUUCAAGAUCUCAUUAACUGCUACGAGGCCACGUUUUUCGCGCCGAACGACGACGCGUUCGCGGCGCUCCCAGACGACGCGAAGAACGCGACCAGGGACGUCAACGUGCUGCGCGAGGUGCUGCUGCUGCACGUGGUGCAGAAGAAAAUGCCUGCCGCCGCGCUCAUCACCCUCCCUCAGGACAAGCAGUUCAAGGCGGCAUCCGACGGUUGCAAGGCUCGCCUGGUGAAGGUCACAGCUGCCGGCGCCGACCCGGUUCAGCUGCAGGCCCUGUACGGCCCGGAGGAAGCUUCCAUAGUGGCUCCUGACGUCAUCUCGCUGCGAGUGAUGCAAGUGCACGGGGUGGAUACGGUUAUUCUGCCCCAGAUCAUGAAAGCAGGCGAUAAGGAUUCCCUCAAGCCUACGGUGUGCUUCCCCUGGCGCGCAUAG